AGAAAGAUGGGGACAAAGAAGUGUCUUGUUAGUUUGCUCGCCUUUUCUACAUUCCUCGUGUAUGGUGUGUCUGGUGCUGGUUCAGAUGGAGUCUCAGUGUUUGUGAUGGAGGGAGAUACAGUCACUCUACACACUGAUGUUAAAAUAAACCAACAAGAAAAGAUUCAGUGGUAUUUUAAUGACACUCGCAUCGCUUACAUCAAUGGAGAUCUUAGUUUUAUCUGUACAGAUGUUCAGUGUAAUGAAGGUACUGAGAGAUUCAAAGACAGACUGAAGCUGGACAAUCAGACUGGAUCUCUGACCAUCAUGAACAUCAGAACCACAGACUCUGGACUUUAUAAACUAGUGAUCAUCAACUUUAGAGACUACAAAACAACCUUCAAUGUUACUGUACAUGGUGUCUCUGCUGCUGAACGAGAUGAAAUCUGUGUGAAGGAGGGAGAAAAUGUUACUUUAGAUCCUGGUGUGAUAAUGACGUGGAAUUUGAUGACGUGGUAUUUUAAUGACAUCUGCAUCGCUAAAAUCACUAAAGAUCAGUUUGAGAUCUGUACAGAUGAUCAGUGUGAUGGGAGAUUCAGAGACAGAUUGGAGGUAAAUCAGACUGGAUCUCUGACCAUCACAAACACCAGAACCACAGACUCUGGACUUUAUAAACUACAGAUCAACAGCAGCAGAUUCAGCAUCAUUAGGAGCUUCAGAGUUACUGUCACUGGUAAAGGAAUACGUGUCAUUGUUAUUCGCUCUGUCGACUGCCGUGGUUUGAUGUAGGAGUUUUAAGGACAGGAAAACGUCACAGGACCUAACAGGAUCAUAAGUGGAUUGUGUAUCUGCAAAAUGAUUCCCAUCGCCAUAAAUCAUCAUAAACACUCUAUUAUUUAGCAUGUUUAUUAUAAACGCCUUAUGCUUAUCAGUGAAGUGCUUGUGGAAGUGAUGUGUUUCAAGCAAUUUCUUGAAGGCUGAGCUGGUCUCAGCAGAUCAGAUGGAGCUUGAAUGUUUCUGGAGUGAAGCUACUGAAAGAAGCACUAGGCGGCUCUUAUUCAUGGUUAAAGUUCACAAAAUGAUUUUCUAUAUACAUUGUAUUCACUUCAACAAUAACAUAACACAAUAUCAAGUUAUUAUAUUAAUUCAUAUGCUUUGUGACAAUAGAUGGAAAUAUCCAAUUUAGCAUUUAACCUUGAAUUUACACAGAUAUACAUGUGUGUAGACCUUUAAAACUAAUCUUCCAUGAGCUCUCAGGACAGUCAAAAUCAGUGGUCGGCAA